UGGUCCUCCAAGCAUCAGUUCUAUAGCUUACUUGCAGUACGCCGAUGCGGCCGCUAGGGGCUUCCGUUGCCCCCAACUUGAUGCUACUGACAGACCACAAAAGGCAACACCCGCUGAAAGCCGAGGCUCGUUGUGCAAAUCUGUAAGCGUUCAUCCAGAAACGAAGUGGCGUUAAGCGGCAGAAUACACGGCUCAAUGCUGACAUGCAGCAGCUUAUAGAAGCACAGCAUGCCCGCCUGUGAGGGAGACGACGACGUCCGCAGUUUGGCCUAAGAUGAGCAGCUCCGGUAAACGAGAGAGGGAGCAGAAGAGGAAACUGCAGCACUUCCUCGGUGACCUUGCUUUGCUCGGAUCCUUGCAGGGUUUUAAAUACUUCCAGCCAUGGCUCAGGGGGAAAGAGGAGUUGCUGCUGACAGUUGUUAAUGAGGAUCUGGGUUGGCGUUCCCCAGGCUUUAUGGUGUCCAGAGCCUCCUCCUACUCCUCCACCAGCAGCUGUAACAGCAGUGAUGUCUCUCCCAGCAGCAGCUCUCCCAGUCUGGCCAGCCGUAGUAGCUCCCCCCUGCCCGGGGAGCCUCCGGGCCCACGAGACUCCCAGUCACAUACCAAGACACAGCCACAGACUGCCAGUCACAGGGAGGCCUGCAUCGAGGAGCAUCUUCUCCCAGCGUCUCCCAGUGAAAGGGAGAUAGCAGUACCCGAGGUGAACUGUACUCUGUUUCUAUUGGCCGGCUACGUCAAAUACGGACGCCCCUACGCGUGGAUACGCUCCAAUCACGAGCGCCUAGUCAACAUCGGCGGCACAGAUUCGAUGGUCAAAGACACGCCCAUGAAACUCAAGUCCAUUGCAGACUGGCAGACGCGAGCAAUUCGUGUGUGGGACGUUGUCAGUGAGCUGGUGUGCCUCUGCACCGUUCCCUCUCCGUCCAACCCGUUCGCCCUGGACAUGCGUUACAUCAAAAGUCUUCCUCUCGCCGAACGCUUUCUCGUCACGGGAGCUCUCCUUAACUUCCUGGAGAUGUACGUGGUUUACGGCAACCGGGACGAGUUGCACUAUGAUAAAGUGGUGGAAGAGGUGAAGCCUCUCAGGCAUCUUCAUGUACACUCCCUGCUCGAAUUACAGCAACUUAGAGAGAGCUCCAGCAGAGCCACGGUGCAGGGCUCUUCUGCAGAAGAGUGAUUCUGAUUGUUUGUAUACACUGUGAGCUACAUCAAGAUAAAAUCCCCCUAGCUGGCCUUUUAUUAAUGUAGGGACAGAAAUACAGCAGAUAGGUCUAAAGGGAGUCUUUGAUGCUUAUGUUUACACAGACACUGUUACACUGGUGGAUGCUCAUGCUAAACAUCCUUCAGAUGAUGAGACCACCUUAUGGACUAGUAAUCCUUGCGAGCCAAAAGCUCAGAAAUCAGAGUGCUCUAUGUGCUUGGUGCUUCUGUUUGCAAGGGGCAGCCAAUCAAGAGAAAGAUGGCUUAAAGGGGGAGGGGCUAAAGUAUCUUGUUGGUGCAGAGGAUGAACUGAGGGGCUGCACGAAGCCUAGUAUGAGAGAAAUGAGGAUCAUUUUGAACUGUAAAUCAUGCCAUGGUAAAAAAUAGGAAGGAAGCAGAAGCAGGCUAUUGGUGAGCUCUGUAUCAUUAGGAAAAUUAAGUCCAAAAUAUAUGGACUUCACUUUUUCCCCCCAAAGUGAGGCAUGAAAUUCUCACACGCUGCAGUAACCCAUGCAGAUGGAGAUGAAUCACCUUUGGUUGCGGGUGUCAGACUUUAACAACGUGCAAGAACUAGAGAAAUAACCCUGGGAAAUGAGUCACAUGACUAAAAUUCUAAAUAGAUCCCAGGACCUCGGAAAGUGCUGUCCCGUAACCCCUAAAACCUUCAAUCUCUUCCUCUCCACCCACCCCCACAUACUUAAAUCAGUUUUCUUCAGACCAAAUAUAGCAUUUUAAAACUGGAAGCCUGGAAACAGAAUGAUUAAUGGAGGGCCAGAGUAGUACGAGUACAAAAAGCACAGACAAACAAAUGCUUUAUAAAAACUUUUAAUAUUCCAUAAAACGCAUAUUUAAAUAUGUACGACAACAUAAAAACAGAACACUUGUUAAAUACAUCUUAAAAGCGGGCACAUCGACGCCUUUUCUGAGAUGAGGCUUGUGCCGUUUGUAAUUAAAAAGUCAGGUACAUCAUGUUAAAAUUAACCGAUAACAACCUGGUGGCACAUCAGUCAGGAAAAAAAAUAAAAUAAAAUAAUACCUUCCCUAUUUAAAAAGAAAAGACAUCUGUAGCUUAGUUUUGGUCAGAAAACACAAAAUGGAGUUAACUGUAACCUCUGGCUUCACCAACAAUCCUCCCAUCUCUCAUGUUUGUAAACCUAGAGAUAGAAAUUACCACCAUGGCACAACUUAUGCAACACGGCACACGUGUGUGACCAGAACGGUCACUCUAAAUGGACUCCGGCACCUUUUAUGGCUUUUAUUGAUGUGAAGGAGCAAUUUAAAAAAAGCACGCCGUAAACGCCGUGCUGUUUACCGACAAGGCUGCUCAAUAUGCAAAGUCACGGAUGGACAAGAAGAAUUUGGGGUUUUUCUAGGAAAGAAAGACGCCGCCACCCUUCAUCUCAAGUUUCCCCCCCAUUUGGAAUGCAGGUGCAUGGCCCGGCAUUCCUCACGCAGGCUUCACACAGGAACACAGUGUUCCCAGUGUGGGACACAAACAAACCCGCAAGUCACUGCUGAGGCUUCCCCGCCCCUCACAUAAAUGCAAAAUAUUUAUUGCUAAAGACAAUUAGGACCUUUUUUUUGUUUUGCAGGUUAAGCAGAGAUUUUUUUUUAUCAUUAUUAUUAUUAUUAUUAUUACUAAGACCUCUAUUCUGAUAAUGUCCAUUUUCCCUCCGGCAUGCAUUACACUGAAAACUGACCUCAUAUCAAUAAAACUUCAAUUUCCUGAGUGAGAUCAUCUUGAAAAGGACUAGAAUGUGCUCAGACUAAUUAUGCAUAUCACAGACUUGAUGGGGAAAGGGAAAAAAUAGAAAUAGAAAGCAAAUUUACUUUGGUAUGACAUGCCCGCAUUGUCUUUGUCGUCUUAAAUUUGUUCAUCCAACUACAAAAGUAGAAAAAAAACAACAACAACAGAAGCUCAUUAAUGGAACAGGUUGAAAAAGAAAAUAACACUACUUCAUGACCCUGUCACAUGUGUCACUUAAAUAUAAAUAAAUCUUGAAAAAGGAAAAAAAAAA